AUGGCCUAUACUCCAUACUACAACUAUGCGCCUCAGCAACAACUCUAUGGGCCUGGCCCAUUAUCCCACCCAAGCAGUUAUCAUCCCAUUUAUGCGCCAAACGCUACCCCAAUAUAUCCACCAACCGCCUACAGCUCGACUCCCCACCCAGCCCCCACUCCAUUCAUCCCCCCAAGUUCAUUCGUAGAGCCCAUACCCGAAAAACCAGUCAAACCAGAGUCGAAAAAUCGGCCCAAACACAGUCAUCGUGCUGCCACAACACCACUUCCUCUUAAAUCUGCCCUGAAGAAACCACCUGGCGCAACUCCAGCUCCAUCAGCGCCGAUUCCACUCUCAGAAUCCACCGGAGACAGGCCCAGAAAGCACUCCAAACAUCGGCAAGAAAAGGCAACCACUCGAGCUCCGCCACCAGCGGCGGCCACUACGACCAUCGACCCAUCCGAUGCGGCAGUGUCGUAUCAUAUGUUUGUUACUUUCAAAGGCGACAGCGAGCUUCUGCUUGAAAACACGCUGGACAAUGCACGGAAAGACAUCGAAGAAGUCCUUAGACUCUGGAAACACGGUCUCGAAUCGUCGCAAUAUCGCGCCUCUGACUGGACCAUUCGGUUCAAAAACGGACCCUGGAACAUGGCGGGUCCUGAUGUCGCUGACGCCUGGGGAUUAGUAGUCUCACUGUUUACUUUGUUUGCUCGACGAGGAUUUUCUUUUGUUGCGUCUACAAAAACCACGACCACACAACCGCGUCUAAUAUUCCAAGCAACCACUAUAGACUAUAAAGCGCAUUUUUUUCUGGCGUACAUGUCGCGUAACGGGAGGAGAGCGACAUUGAUCAAUCCUCCAGCCCAUAUUAUGUCCGGAUUUGGAGCGAAACUGCAGGCGUGUGUUGACCAUGUCGAUGUCAGCUACGACUCCGACCUCGUUAUCUCGGAGAUUAAGCGGGAGAUCGGGGGUACAGGCGUGAAGCCAUCCUUUUUCCUGAUGAAAAUCAUGAAAAUCAUAAUGGACUUUGGCUAUGAACUGAAGGCGACAGUACCGAUGGCACGUGGAGGGCCAUUAGGAAUGGGGUCUCGACGAGAGCUUCUAGUUUUCAAGGGCAGUAGCGGGGAAUAA